AUGGACGUAUUCGACAAACAGUAUUAUAUCUAUCGUAUUGUAAUGAAAAUUGUAGGAUUGUGGCCGUACAAUAACUCGAUUUAUAUAUGGAUUCAGAGAUUGUUGUUAUUGACAUUCUUUCUUGGCAAUGUACUAUUUCAGAUUGUGUCACUUUUAAAAUCCGAAAUUACAUUACGAAACUGUAUUUUAAUAUUAUCUACGACUUGUCCAUUUAUGAUAGUUUCGUUACGAUACAUAUGUUUUAUAGUACUUUUUCCUACGAUAAAACUUUUAUUUCAUCACAUGCGUAUGGAGGAAAGUAUAGUACAAGAUUCAAUAGAAAUACGGAUACGAACAAAAUAUAUCAACGAUUCCUGUCAUAUGAUCGACAUUUUUUUCUGGGUGGCUUGUACAAGUAUCGCAUUGAGCAGUAUAUCGUUAUUGUAUUUCGUAACAUUGAAUUUCAUAAUGCCUUUGAAUGAAUUUCGUAUCAUUCAUCACAUUACAUUAUUUUCUAUCAGUCGAACCAUAUAUUUUAAUAUUUUAUGCUUGGAUUUUAUAUUUGUUGUAAUAUUUGCAUUAUUAUCUGUAAUAUGUACGGAAUCGAUAAUCGGACUUUAUAGUUAUCACACAAGUGUGUUGUUUAAAAUUAUUAACCAUCGAAUACAAAAGAUUAUUAUGUAUUUGACUAUAGUCAAUCUUUCGCCAAAAGAAAUUGAAACGAAAUUCACAGAACUUUAUCGUGUAGUGGAUAUUCAUAAUCAAGCUAUCGAACUUAUCGAUGUCAUGAUAAAUAAUUCAGGAAAACAGUUCAUGAUAUCUGCUCUUCUACUCGUGAUUUCGAUGGCUAUAAAUCUGCAUCGACUAGUAAAUGCAAUUAUAAUUAAGAAGGAUCAAUUAGAAAUUUCAAUCUCUCUUAUCUUUUUUGUCAAUCAAUUAAUGAUUAUGUUUUUAUGUAACCACAGCGGUCAGAUACUUAUAAACAACAGUGAAGAAUUAUUUAAUGAAUUAUAUAUUUCUGUAUGGUAUUUUGUACCGUUAAAAGUACAAAAGAUUUUAUUGCUGAUCAUGAUACGAAGCUCAACGAGAUGUAUGUUUCACAUCUUGGGUAUAUUCACUCCAUGCUAUACAGGAUUUUCGAAGAUGUUAAGUACAUCGUUUUCAUAUUUUACCUUGAUGUAUUCGAUGCAAUAGAAUCGAUGGUAUCACAUUAGAUUAGUAUUAGUAUUGAAAUAAAGAAUUAUUAUUAUAUA